AUUCUAACUUUAGGUAUCGCCUAGUUCUUAAAUAAACCCUUUUUUAAAUUAAAAGCCCAGCCAUGAAAAAGGAGAGUUGCCAGAUAGGCGCCAAAACAUAAAGUGACAGUCGAGCGGCAAUAGUGAAAUUGAAUUCCGUCUUCUAUGAUUUCAAUCAUUCAAUAAAUAUGGCACGCGACGAGGACAAUGGUUUUAGUGAAUGGGGUGGCUAUUUCGAGGCAAAGAAAUCCAAAUUGGAGGAGCAAUUCGCUGCAGCCAGCGAUCCAUUUCGUAAGUCCGACUUGUUUCAAGGGAUUUCGAUCUUUGUAAAUGGCCGCACCGACCCAUCGGCAGAUGAACUGAAGCGUAUUAUGAUGGUUCACGGAGGAACAUUCCAUCACUAUGAAAGGAGCCAUACAACAUUUGUUAUCGCUUCUGUUCUGCCGGAUGUCAAGGUCAGGAAUAUGAAUCUAAGCAAGUUUAUCAGCUCCAAAUGGGUGGUGGAUUGUUUGGGGAACAAUAAGAUCGUGGACUACAAGCCAUAUUUGCUAUAUACCAACCAAAAGACAUCGCAGCCCAAGAUCAACUUUGCUAAAGCCAAAGACAGCAGUGUUAAUGAGACCAAAGCAGAGGCAGAAUCUCCCAAAAGUGAUAUGCAAAAGGAGCUAGUCGGGAUUCUAAAGGAGCUGCAGCAGGCGGUGUCAACUUCCCCGGAAAAGCAGGCCAACUUAUCCGAUACCAAGGUCACCAACUUAUCAACCAUAUCAAACACAUCGGGCAGCGCUCGUACCGCUGCAGAUCCAAAUUUCUUAAGUGAGUUCUACAAAAACUCUCGCCUGCACCACAUCGCCACUCUGGGAGCUGGAUUUAAGCAGUACGUCUGCCAGUUACGUCUGGACCAUGGUUCAAAGGAUUUUCCUAAGAGGGAGGUGCUGAAGUCCCUAAAGAAAUCUCACCGAAUGUGCAUGGACCGCUAUGUAAUGCAUAUCGACAUGGACUGCUUCUUCGUGUCCGUAGGCUUGAGAUCACGUCCUGAGCUCCGUGGCCUGCCAAUUGCGGUCACCCAUUCGAAAGGAGGCAGUGCAGCCACCGAUGUUCCAGUGCAUCCGCAGGCAGACAGAAAGGUUGAGCAGGAGCUCUUCGCCCAGCGCUUUGAGCACUAUUUUCACGAUGGAGACAAGGUGGAAAAAGUGCGCUCGGGGUUCGACAAGAAAAUGUCGCUUUCGGAGAUCGCCUCCUGCAGCUACGAGGCUCGGGCCAAAGGAAUCCGCAAUGGCAUGUUUGUGGGCCAGGCUAUGAAGCUCUGUCCGGAGCUUAAAACAAUCUCUUAUGACUUUGAAGGCUACAAGGAGGUGGCCUAUACCCUGUACGAUACGGUGGCACAGUACACCUUGAACAUAGAGGCUGUAAGUUGCGAUGAGAUGUUCGUGGAGCUAACGGACUUGGUGACCGAACUAAAAGUCGAUGUGGAGUCUUUUGUUGGGUUUCUUAGGGAGGAAGUGCAUACCAAGACUGGAUGUCCGUGUUCAGCAGGAGUGGGCAGCAAUAAGUUACUGGCCCGCAUGGCCACCAAAAAGGCCAAGCCAAACGGUCAGUUCUUGUUGGACUCGAAUUACGACAUUCUGUCCUAUAUGGCGCCUAUCGCCUUGGAAUCACUGCCGGGAGUUGGCAGCAGCUUAAACCACAAGCUUAGGCAAGCUGGGCUGGUAAACUGUGGAGAUGCUCAGAACGCAUCGCUGGAGAAGCUGGAAGCUGUGCUGGGCAAAAAACUCGGGCAAAAUUUAUUUCAGAACUGCAGGGGAAUUGAUGACCGUCCUUUGGCCUUUGAACAGGCUCGCAAAACUGUUUCCGCCGAGAUGAAUUUUGGAAUCCGUUUUACCAAUUCGACAGAGUGUGAACAAUUUUUGCGGCAACUCAGCGACGAGGUUACUAAGCGCCUGAUUGAGAUCAGACGUAAGACGAAAUCCGUCAACCUGAAGAUCAUGGUGCGCGCCGCCGAAGCACCAGUCGAAACCUCGAAGUACAUGGGACAUGGAGUGUGUGAUAUCAUUAACAAGUCCUCGUUGAUCAAACGAGCAACAGAUGAUGUGAAUGUAAUCACCUCACAGGUCCUCAACCUCAUGAAAGAAGCCGAUGUGCCGCCCCACGAGCUGCGGGGGCUUGGUAUACACCUUACGAAACUGGAGGAUGCAGUAGAAGUUCGGAAGGAAAACAUUCUUAAGCAGAUGUUCGUCAAGAUGUCGGAAAACAAAAAAGAUAAACCUGUGGAUGACCAACCAUCGGUUGAACUUAAACCAAUACCCAAGGAACAACCAAAUGUGAUGACCAUGUUGACAGAAGCAUCGGUUGGAAGAAAGUCCUUAAAUGAUGAUCAACCUGCAGUUAAAAAACCACCAGAGGAGGAAAUUAAAAGCAAGAUCAGGGAGCCCGUGAAUGUAAUGAACAUGCUUACGGCAGCAGCGAAGAGCAGAAAACCGGUAAUCGAGGAUAAAGAUCAAGCUAAAGCUGUAAAACCGAGUAGUAUAUUAUCCCGAGCACCUGAGCUUGAUCAGGACGUCCUGGCCCAGCUGCCGGAGGAUAUACGCCGCGAGAUCCUCUCCAAUAAGGAUGAAUAUCUGCGCAUAGCCGAUAUCGAUGAAAAAGCUAAGCAAACAGGGCCUCCUUUCCCGACGCUUCAAUCACCGCCAUUACAGAAACGCUCUCACUCACCCAAUCUGAGUCCUUUAAACGCCAGCGAUCUGCAACCAUCUACUUCCCGGGCUGCUAGGGCUCGUAUGCACAAGCGUCGCAAGACACAAGAACAGUGCGUCCGACCUGAUCAGAUUGUGGCGGACUACAUCGGGGAACUGCCAAAGCACAUGCAUCCUGGCAUUUUGCAGUUCAUCUCCCGCCCAGAAAAAGAAGAGCCCAGCCUGCUAAUGGAGAGCAACUAUAAGGGAUUGCUGAACGAAUGGGUCAGCCGCGAGGACAUUCCGAAGCCAACAGACGUAGAUAUUAUUCAUCAGCAGAUCUCAAAUAUGAUCAAGAUCGACAAAAUGAACCAUAUGUAUGACGUGAUGAAGUAUCUGUGCCGCAUUAUCAAUACGAAACGCAGUAGUUCCUGUUGCUGGCACCUGGCCUAUAAACACAUCGAGGAGGGUAUUCAGAACGAAAUGCUGGAGCUCGAGGGCUACAAUCUUUGCUUCACCGAGAACAUUCGCUGCUACAAGUGUGCCUAAGUUCCUGGAAGAACUUGGAACAGAUUUUAAGCCAUUAAGUGUUCCUUAUUAUCCUAUGGAGAGUACAAAUAGUUGUAGUAAAACGGAAUAGUUUGAGCCAAGUUAUUUCCGUUUUCCAUUCAUUCUGGUCAUUAUUCAUAAUAAACGUUAUCAGAUUAGUAA